AUGGAACAUCUUUCCGAGUGUGUUUACAUACAUACUAUUCGAAUAACAUACACACAUUUACUUAUUGACGACGAAACUUGUCUAAUGGGAAGUUUUGGAUGGGAUAAUCAAUGUUACUUACAAUAUCAUAAUGGCCGACCGUUGUCCGUUGCGUUGACAGAACCAUGCAACUGUCAGUUUUCCAACUUCGUCGACAGUGAUUUUGCCAUACAGAAGCCACAUGCUCGAAGUCACUCAUCAGGUCGACGAUUCAAACGCGAAUCAUACAGUAUAUAUCAACCGAACGUUCAAUACACGAAUUUUGUCUAUUCACCGCCGUUACCGCGCCGACAGAUCAUCCGCAGUAGAUCAGGAGAUUUACUCGUUGAAAAACUAGAAACAGUAACAAUCGAAGAAGAGCAAUGUCGACCUAUUCAUACUGGGGUUGCGUAUGUGCGUUCACCAUCACCUCUUGUUCGACAAGUUAAAAUACGUUCUCGACCUUCAUCGUGUUAUGAUCUAAAUAACAGAGAAUCAACAGACGGCCGAUGUACAAAAUAUGUUGAUGAACAUCGAGAAGAACAUUUUGAAUUCAACUAUAGUUUUAAUCGACCCAAUGAUCGUACUGUACCAAUUCAACGCGAUCCAACACCUCCACCACCACCACCCCGAAAGAUUCAACAGAGUGAAACAGUAACAACAGAAAACUUUAAUUUCAAAAUAACAGCUCAGCCAGCUCUUCGACCUUCUACAAGAAGUGUUGGAACAACAACAAAAGAUCUUAGACCAUUGAGCAGAUCAGAAACACAAGUGAUUGAACGAUUCGAAAAAGACGAAAAGAUACGACGUGAUUCAAUGACAGAAACCAGUACGAUGGUCGUUACAGCCGAACAACCCAGCCAACGUUCUCGUUAUGUAUCUCAGUUGGAUACUCGAAAUGAUCGGACUUUUUCAACAUUUGGCCCAACAACGUCCAAAUCGUACAAUGCAUUAAAUCAUUAUUCCAAUUAUCGACAAGAUAGAGACGAUUUCGUCACUCGGUACACAGCGGGAUCCCGUGAAGCUGUUUGUGACACAUACGACGUUAUCGCGCCUCCCACCCCCUCAUACACAUCAACCAUUCCGAUAACAUACGAAGCGAGUUCCAAGUCUCGAUACCAUUUUGAUUAA